UCCCAGAGUGCUGAGCAACCCUCGUCACUGUAAGGCAGCAAGAGCAAGAGAGAGGAGGAAGAAAAGGAUGAGUGAGGACAGCAUGAACUUUUAGAAAAGAUAGAAAUCAAAAGGACUGACAACUGUUAAAAAGCUCUUCUCUCCUUGGAGCUGUUUUUUUUCCUUUAUUCCAUGAGUGCUACAAGUGUGCUCAGGUCUUUCAGUCCGUCAGCAAUGCCUGGCCCAGUCAUGCCGAUGGACGUGGCUAUGAGAUUCUACAUCAGCCACUCUCCGCCUCCUCUCCGGGGUUUCCUCAGCUCCUACGACGAGCUGCAGAGGACCCAGAAGAACCAGGCCAGCCAGUCGACCAGGCGCAGCCACAACCAGCAGCUCUACAAACCCCUGCGGCCCUGCCUCAGCAACCAGCAGAGAGCAGUGGACGAUGGCGACUGCACGGACUGGAACAACAGCAAGGCCAGCAAAAAGAAGGUGGUGUUCGCCGACACGAGGGGCAUGUCGCUCACCGCCAUCCACGUCUUCUCCAAGUUCGACGAUGAGCCGUAUCAAAACAAGCGUUGCAGUGGAAUCAGCGAGGAACUGCAGUUUGACAUGUCAGACCUGGAAACGGCCACGAUGGACCUGAAGAUCAGCUCGGUGCGCAACCUGGCGCUGGACUUUAAACAGCCUUCGGCCGACUACCUGGACUUCCGGAACCGCCUGAUUCAGAACUCUGUCUGCUUGGAGAACUGCUCGCUGCAGGAGCGCUCCCUAACCGGCACCAUCAAGGUCCGGAACAUGGGGUUUGAGAAGUCGGUGCAGUUGCGUGCCACCUUCGACUCGUGGGCAAGCUUCAGCGACUUCGAGUGCACCUUCAUGAACAACGUCUACAGCUGCCAGGAUACCGACACCUUUGCGUUCGUCGUGGAUCUACCCGCCUACAUCCCCCCACAGAACAGUGUCGAGUUCUGCAUCUGCUUCAAAGCCCAGGGCCAGACCUUCUGGGACAAUAACGACGGCAAGAACUACGUUCUCAAGCACAUCGGCUGGAACGGAGAGGACCUGAACAUUCGGAUGUCCCCGACUUCCGUUGAGCAGAAAAAGCCUUCAGAGCACAAAAACGGGGGCGUGAAGGUGCUGGAGAUGGAGUUUGAUCAGUUCGGCAGCCCACGCAUGUCCAGCGGACUCUUUCCUGGCUGGCAGAGCUGGGGUCAGAUUGAUAACGCCGUGCCUUAUUGGUGAACACAUCAGGAUGUUUGCUGAAAAUGACAUUGGACUAAGAUAACAGACACUGACAGGGCAUUCAGUGCAAAUCCAGCUGCGGGUUUGAACUUAGACUGGCUCUCAGCCACAAAAUGAAAUUAAGCAAACAACCUUUGCUUUUUUGUAUUAGCAGAGAAAGUGUACAAACCUAGACCUAAUGGUCUGGGGUUGGAGGAUGAGGGAUAAAUGGGAAAAAUCUAUCUUGUUUCACAUAUUCCUCUCAUGUAAAAUAUUAAUGUGCCUUCUCUGAGUGCCUGCCCACUAAAAUACAGACAAGUUGUACAGCACACAACAAAUGCUGAGCCCCUUUUAAGGGCCUGACGUAUUGGUUAAAUAUGCACUGAUUGAGAUGUCUCUCUCAAUGUGAUGUCUGUAAACAUAAAAACGAAGUGGAAAGUGGAGCUGAUUAAGUCCUUCAUAUUGAAGGGAACGUACUGGGGAGUGCAUGGCGACAAAAUGCUUCUCUACUAAAGGAAACACAGCUGAUUAAUUUCUGAAAUGCAAAAUGCACACUAAACCUUUGCACCUUCAAAUGAGAAAGUAAUUUAACAUUGUUAAAAGUGGCCUUUAAGUCAUGCAGCCCAUUCUUUCUUUCCCUCUGUGAAAAUUGCACGUCUGAUGAAAGAUGUUUGAAUGAUGUAAUAUUAAGGUGACUUUGUUGAGGAAUUUAGCUGCUGACAACAGACGUGUCUCAAGAGAGACUGCACGUGAUUGGUUGUCUCGAACAAGGAAGACGUUUGGUAAUUCCGGUGGCUACCGUAUGUCGAGAAAGGUGUUUUUAUUGUGUGAUGAGUGUACAGUAUGUGUGGCUGGAAGGGAGAUUUUUCUUUGUUGAAGAAAAUCAAUUUUUUUUCUCACUGUGAAAGAGAAGCUUGUGCUCCAGCAUUGCAUUUCACAUGAAGAUGUGGGCCAUGUAUUUCCCUUUCAGAAAUAAAUGUCUAUAUUUGUGCUAAAAUA